CGGGUGCCGUGGAGCGUCUCUACAAGCAGGAAGAAGGAAACAUGGUGCGCUGACACAACGUCUGGACAACCACACACAGAGCUGAUUUUUCCAUUUUUUAAAAGUAUUUGUGACCACCCGGCAGGAAAAAAACAACUUAUAUCGGCAGUGUCAAAAUGACUACGCGCAACGCGGGCACCCACGGGUCGGUGGGGCCCAACGAUGAGGUCAUGCCGUACAGCGAUGACGAGACGGACGAUGAGCUGGAUGUGAGCACGGAUGAGGAAGAGGAGCCGGUGCCGGGGGCCCCGCCUCCCCCCGUGGAAAUUCGACCAAGUGAGGUUGGCUGGAAAGUGAAAGCCAAUGACCGAGCGUUCCAUCACCUGCCAGAAUUUGACAAAAAAGUAUUCCUGUGCUACAAGAAGAGCAGAUACUCGGGCAAUGCCAUCAAGACGUACAAAUACAACGUCUUCACAUUCCUUCCCCUCAACUUGUACGAACAGUUCAAGAGGGUCGCCAACAUCUACUUCUUGGCUCUGCUCAUUCUACAGUGUAUUCCGGCCAUUACGACUCUGCCUUGGUACACCACUCUGAUUCCACUGGUCGUGGUUCUGGGAGUAACUGCCAUCAAAGACCUGGUGGACGAUCUUGCGCGACACAGGAUGGACAAGGAGAUCAAUAAUAGGAAAUGUGAGGUCCUGCUGGACGGCAGGUUUCAAGAGUCAAAAUGGAGACACAUCGAGGUCGGAGAUGUCGUUCGUCUGAAGAAAAAUGAUUUUAUUCCGGCGGACCUGUUGCUGUUAUCUACCUCAAACCCAAACAGCCUGUGCUACGUGGAAACGGCGGAGCUUGAUGGGGAAACCAACCUAAAGUUCAAGAUGGGACUUCGAGUAACUGAUGAAAGGCUGCAGGAGGAACGUCAAAUGGCUCAGUUUGAUGCACUGAUUGAGUGCGAGGAGCCCAACAACCGCCUGGACAAAUUCACAGGGGUGAUGCACUGGAAUACGGAACGCUAUCCGCUGGACUUGGAUAACAUGCUGCUCCGAGGCUGCAAGAUCAGAAACACGGAAAAUUGUCACGGAGUUGUUAUUUUUGCAGGUGCUGAUACAAAAAUAAUGAGAAAUGGCGGCAAGUCACGGUUCAAGAGGACCAAGAUUGACGAGCUGAUGAACUACAUGGUCUACACUAUCUUUGUCCUCCUGAUCCUGGUGGCAGCAGGACUUGCCAUUGGUCACAGCUUCUGGUACGAGGAAGUCGGGUCCAACGCCUGGUAUCUGUAUGACGGAAGAGAGGACAGCACCUCCUACAGAGGAUUCCUCAGCUUCUGGGGCUACCUCAUUGUUCUCAACACCAUGGUGCCUAUUUCGCUCUAUGUCAGCGUGGAGGUAAUCCGUCUCGGCCAGAGUAAGUUCAUCAACUGGGACCUGCAGAUGUACUACGCAGAGAAAGACACACCGGCAAAGGCUCGAACCACCACCCUGAACGAGCAGCUCGGACAGAUCGAAUACAUUUUCUCGGACAAGACGGGAACGCUGACGCAAAACAUCAUGCAGUUCAAAAAGUGCACUAUCGCCGGGCACAGCUACGGUGACCCAACCACCGCUGAAGGAGUGCGUCUGGACCGCGGAAAGCCGGUGGACUGGAGCUGGAAUCGCUACGCCGACAAAAAGUUCCAAUUCGUGGACAAUUCCCUUGUUGCCUGUUUGCGGUCCAAGAAGGAUAAAGAAGCCGUGGAGUUCUUCAGACUCCUCUCCCUUUGUCACACCGUCAUGGUGGAAAGCAAGGAAGGUGAACUGGUGUACCAAGCGGCGUCACCGGAUGAAGGCGCACUCGUGACGGCGGCUCGGAACUUUGGCUUUGUCUUUCUUUCCCGAACGCAGGACACCAUCACCAUCCGGGAGAUGGAACAAGAGAACACCUACGAGAUGUUGGCGCUGCUGGACUUCAACUCUGACCGCAAACGCAUGUCCAUCAUCCUGAAGUUUCCGGAUGGUCGAAUCCGUCUUUACUGCAAAGGAGCCGACACGGUCAUCUACCAGCGACUUUCGCCCAAUUCCAAGCACAGGGAGUUGACGCAAUCUGCUUUGGAUAAAUUUGCCAACGAGACCUUGCGAACACUGUGCUUGUGCUACAAAGACAUCAGCAGCAGCGAGUACGAGGCCUGGUCCAGGAAACACAUGGAGGCUCAGGUGACCAUGGUCGACAGAGAGGCGGCCCUCGAUCAAGUGUAUGAAAUGAUUGAGAAAAACCUCAUGCUGAUUGGAGCAACGGCCAUCGAAGACAAACUGCAAGAAGGAGUACCGGAAACCAUCGCCAAACUGGCCAAGGCGGACAUCAAGAUCUGGGUUUUGACUGGAGAUAAGAAAGAAACUGCGGAGAACAUUGGAUUUUCCUGCUCCCUUUUGACGGAAGAUAUGCACCUUCACUACGGAGAGGACGUCAAUGAGAAGCUGAGCCUCCGUCAGGCCAAGAGGAGACGUGAGCCUCCGACUGAGAGCCGAGGAAAAAAGAAACCCGCAGAGCCAUUUUUCCCUGAGCCAGGCAAAAAUGCACUCAUUAUCACUGGAGGUUGGCUGAACGAGAUUCUGUAUGAAAAGAAGAAGAAACGCCGCCGUUUGCGUCUUCGUCGUCUGGGAAAGCGGCCGCCUCCCACCAACCCUCAGGAUGGACAGCCAAUGAACGAAUGGGAGAAAGAGAUGAGACAGAUCGACUUUGUGGACAUGGCGUGCGAGUGCGAAUCGGUGAUUUGCUGUCGCGUCACACCGAAGCAGAAAGCCAAUGUGGUCAGUUUGGUGAAGAAGUAUAAGAAGGCGGUGACGUUGUCCAUCGGCGACGGGGCCAACGAUGUCAACAUGAUCAAGACCGCAGACAUCGGCGUUGGCAUCAGCGGUCAAGAAGGGAUGCAGGCUGUGAUGUCCAGCGACUUUGCUUUUGCUCAGUUCCGUUAUUUGCAACGACUCCUGCUCGUGCACGGCCGCUGGUCUUACAUCAGAAUGUGCAAGUUUCUUCGCUUCUUCUUCUUCAAGAACUUUGCCUUCACAUUGGUCCAUUUCUGGUACUCUUUCUUCAGCGGAUAUUCCGCACAGGUGGCCUACGAGGACUGGUUCAUCACGCUCUACAAUCUUUUUUACAGCAGCUUACCUGUUCUUCUCGUUGGACUGCUUGACCAGGACGUGAAUGACAGACUGAGCCUUAAAUUUCCCAAGCUGUAUCUGCCGGGUCAGCAGGGGCUGCUGUUCAACUACAAGAACUUCUUCAUCAGCUUGUUCCACGGCAUCUUCGUCUCCCUCAUCAUCUUCUUCAUUCCUUACGGGGCCUUCCUGCAAACUAUGGGGCAAGAUGGAGAAGCCCCCUCGGAUUACCAGUCUUUUGCCGUCGUCACCGCCUCCUCGCUGAUUUUCACCGUCAACCUUCAGAUCUCCCUGGAUACCUCCUACUGGACCUUUGUCAACUGUUUUGCCGUUUUGGGAAGCAUAGCCAUCUACUUUGGCAUUAUGUUUGACCUUCACAGUGCUGGAAUUCACGUCAUCUUUCCACGUCAUUUUACCUUCACAGGGGCAGCAGCAAAUGCUCUCCGCCAGCCUUACUUGUGGUUAACCAUCAUCCUCACGGUGGGAAUCAGCCUACUGCCCGUCAUCUGCAUCCAGUUCCUCCAUAAAAUCAUCUUUCCUUCUGUAGGAGAUAAGAUCCAGAGAAACAGGAAGAGGUACGAGUUGGAAAUGCAACAGGAAGCGAGGAAAAGAGCACCGGCCUUCCAACGCGGCCUGCGUUCCCGCCGCUCUGGCUACGCCUUCUCCCAUUCCAGAGGCUUUGCAGAACUCAUUGCUUCUGGACGGAGCAUUCGGAGGCGCCCGCUGUCCCGGAUUGGACACCACGGCAGCAUCAGGGAGGAAAGAGCGGAGAACAUUUGAUGCUUGGAGAACUGGAGACUGGUGAACUGACACUGUGGGUCGGAUUCCCUUUUUCUGGAAACACCAACUGAAGUGGAACAAUCGGCUGAGGUGCUCAAGAUCGGUAACUCGGCAGAGAAAAAGGACGUUAUCAAAGUUGAGGGAUAUUUUCAAAUCGAGGUCGAAGUGCUUUUGAAAGUGACAGAAGAACUGAGGCACUUCCGUCUAUGCAAAGACUCGAUUAUGCAAAACCAAAGAGAAACUGACGUUUUUGCUCAUGCGCCGUGGCUCACGAUGUCAUUUAUUUAACUCAGGGUUUUUAAUACAAAACAAACAAAAAGCUUUAUUUUUUUUAAAAGGUUAGUUGACCCCACCAGGCCCAACUUUCCCUCCUGUCCACACCACUGCAGCUUGUGUGGCUUCAGGUCCAUCGUGCACUUGAAAUCAAUAUUUUCUAUUCUAUUUUUAUCGCUGUCAUUUCUAAUUACAUUGAUCCAUCCUUUUUUUUUUCUCCUGUCGAAAUUCAAAACGGAUCCCAUUUUAUUUUAAAAACACUUUUAAAGUUUUAUUUUGAAUAACGGAGGGAUGUUACGAUGUCGGCGUAUGCGAGGCGGCUUGUGGUAAAGUGUGUCAUUAAAUAUAAACGGUGAAGUGAAUAUUGUUUCCCCUCUCCUGAAUCAGACGGCUUAUUGCAGUGACUUAUUUUGUCAAUUCAUUUUUGUUUCAACCAAAAUCUUUCAAUACAGUUUUUAUCCUAAAUUGCUUGCCUUAAAAAAUAUCCCCCACCCAAUCCUGACGAUAAAUUAUCUUGAUCAUCUUUCCUUCUUGUUUGUUUACAUCAAAAUGUCAAUUUAUUUAUCAGUCUGCCACACACUUCUAAGACAAAACAGAGACUUUGUUGUUCUUUUACUCUUUUCAGAUGCGUUUUUAUGACUAGAACAGAGGCAGUGGACCCAGAAAUGUUCAUGUGGUUGUUGGGUUGAGUUGAUGACAUUUUAUCAUAGCAUUGUUAAUAAAAGCCAAGGGUAUACGUAUCAA